AUGGAGACUCACGCUCUUGUUCCUAGUUCCGCCCCACCUUUGAGUGUGACUAGUGUUGUUACAGUCAAGCUCUCCGAAGCAACAUAUCUGCUUUGGAAGUUUCAGUUCGAAGUUUAUCUUUCUGGGCAAGGUCUUCUAGGCUUUGUCACUGGUGCGAAUCCUCAACCUCACGCGGUUAUUCAGGUCCAUGGGAUCAACGUUCAGUCCUCGGACGUUCCUAAUCCCGACUAUCAUACAUGGAUGCAAACAGACCACAUUGUGAAGUCGUGGCUCAUAAGAUCGUUCUCCGAAGAGGUUCUGGCUCUGGUCAUACAAUGUCCAACGUCUCGCGAUAUGUGGCUUACGGUGGCAGAUCAUUUCAACAAGAUCUCUUCUGCUCGGCUAUACGAUCUGCAAUGUCGCCUGCAGGUUGUGGCGAAGAAAGGACGACCGAUGGCUGAGUUCCUCAACGAGAUUACCUCCAUCUGCGCUCUUCUUCAGUCGGUUGGUCACACGGUUCCUGAGCAAAUCAAAAUCUUCACGGCGUUGAGGGGCCUCAGUCCAGAGUUUGAAUCAGUAAAGGCGAGUAUUGAGGGUUACAUGGACAAGAUCCCUGCUCCAACGUUCAUUGGCAUCACGCCUCGACUCAUGAGUGCUGAAGCUCGGUAUCUGAGCUACACUGCCGGUUCAGAUGUCUCACCACAUAUGGCGUUUCAUACGAUGCAGGCAAACUACUCCAACAGAGGACGAGGGCAGUCAUAUACUAACCGGGGCAAAGGUCGUGGCUUUUCCACAAGAGGUCGAGGUUUUCCGCAGCAAAUUGGUUCUCUCCGCGGUCAAACCUCGUCCAACGAUACAGAGCCUAGACUGCCGUGUCAGAUUUGUGGGAAGAAAGGUCACAGAGCUUUGUCGUGCUGGCACAGGUUUGAUAAUGCUUAUCAAGAAGAAGAAGGGCAUGUAGCUAUGGCUGCUCUGCAGAUUACUGAUGUCACGGACCAAACAGGUCAUGAAUGGUAUCCAGAUACGGGAGCCAGUGCUCAUGUCACCAGCUCGGCACGACAUCUCCAGCAAUCUCAGCCGUACACUGGAAAUGACUCGGUGAUGAUUGCUGAUGGGAAUUUCCUGCCAAUCACACACACAGGCUCCGCAGUAAUUGGUUCUGCUUCAGGUACUCUCCCUCUCAAAGAUGUCUUAGUGUGCCCUGAUAUUGCCAAAUCACUUCUCUCUGUUUCCAAGGUUACUCGAGAUUAUCCGUUUACCUUUAAGUUUGAUUGUGAAGAGGUUAUUGUUAAGGACAAGGUCACCAAGAAGCAUCUGUUGGCAGCGUCUGAUGUAGUGUGGCAUAGACGUCUGGGUCAUCCUCAAGAUCAAGUCCUUCAGCAUCUAGCUUCUAUUAAAGCAAUUAGUAUCAAUAAACGUACUGAUCUCGUCUGUGAGUCGUGCAGUCUCAGGAAAAGUGCACGAUUGCCUUUUAGUUCUUCUGAUUUUGUAGCGAAUAAACCUCUACAGAGAAUUCAUUGUGAUCUCUGGGGGCCUGCACCAGUUGUUUCAGUGCAAGGAUUUAGAUACUAUGUAAUCCUCAUUGACAAUUGGUCUAGAUACUGCUGGUUUUAUCCAUUGAAAUGCAAGUCAGAUUUUCAUCAAGUGUUUGUUUCAUUUCAAAAUCUUGUGGAGAAUCAGUUCAAUACGAGAAUUGGUAUGUUCCAGAGUGAUGGUGGUGGAGAAUUUAUAAGUAAAGCGUUCAUACAACACCUACAAGACAGAGGUAUUCAACACUUGGUGUCUUGUCCACACACUUCACAACAAAAUGGUUUGGUGGAAAGGAAACACCGAUACCUCACGGAGUUGGGAAUGUCUAUGAUGUUUCAGAGUAAAAUGCCGACUCAAUAUUGGGUGGAAGCUUUCUUCACGUCCAAUUACUUGACCAAUCUCCUCCCAACUACAGCGUUACAAAGUAAAGAGUCACCUUAUCAGAAGUUGUUUGGUGUUGCUCCGGUGUACUCUGCUCUGCGAACGUUUGGUUGUGCUUGUUUUCCAACUCUGAGAGACUAUGCCAAUCAUAAAUUCGAUCCUAAAUCUCUGCAAUGUGUCUUUCUUGGCUAUUCAGCGAAGCACAAGGGAUAUAGGUGUCUGUAUCUACCUACAGGCAGGGUAUAUCUCAGUCGCCAUGUUAUAUUUGAUGAAGCGGCAUUUCCUUUCAAGGACACUUAUAGCUUGUUUCAUACACCAGCCACUACGGCUCUGACCAAAGCAUGGCAACAGAGUUUUGUACCUACUGUGCAAGCACCUCCAGUUCCAAGUCCCAUAGCGGUACAGAAUGUUUCUCCGCUGAUAGCAGUAACAUCUCCGAUAUCUGAAGAUGAGAGUAACUCUGAUCAUCCGGAUCUGCCUACUACACCAGAAGAUGCAUGUACUGGGCGUACGCCAUGCUCUGAUCAUGCUGCUAUAGGCGACAGCGUGUUAUCUUCUGGGAGUGGGACAGGCAAUUCAGAAGAUCAGACUAUAAGUGAAGAGAGACCUGCGUCAACUGCCAUAUCGAAUCACCCGAUGAUGACUAGAGGUAAAUCGGGUAUAAGGAAACCAAAUCCUCGCUAUGUUCUGUUGUCUCCCAAAGUCUCCAAUCCACGACCAAGGACUGUUGCUGAAGCAUUAAAGCAUCCUGGCUGGAAUGGGGCAAUGACUGAAGAGAUUGACACUUGUGGCAUAACAAGAUCAUGGUCGUUAGUUCCAUAUACUCCGGAUAUGCAUGUUCUUGGAAGUCAAUGGAUAUUUACACCAAAGAUUAAAUCAGAUGGUGAUUUAGAAAGACUCAAGGCUCGAAUUGUAGCUCAAGGUAAUAAACAGGAGGAAGGUAUAGAUUAUUUGGAAACAUACAGCCCGGUUGUGCGCUCUGCCACGGUUAGAGAGGUUUUGCAUCUUGCAACGGUUAUGGAAUGGCCUAUCAAACAGAUGGAUGUAAAGAAUGCAUUUCUUCAUGGUGAGCUCUCAGAAGUAGUGUACAUGAGACAGCCAGCUGGAUUUGUGGACAAAGAGAAGCCUGAUCAUGUCUGCUUACUUCACAAGGCACUAUAUGGUCUAAAACAAGCUCCUAGGGCAUGGUAUGAUAAAUUCAGCCUGUAUCUUUUGGAGUUUGGUUUUAUUUGCAGUUUGAGAGAUCCAUCGAUGUUUAUCUACACUAAUGACAAAGAUAUUAUCAUUCUUUUGCUCUACGUAGAUGAUAUGGUGAUAACUGGGAAUGCAUCGAUCGUUAUGGAGAAGUUUUUCUCGGAGCUUAAAACUCAAUUUAGGAUGAAAGAUCUUGGUCAAAUGGAGUACUUUCUUGGAAUUCAGGCACACUUUCAUUCAGAGGGGCUGUUCUUGUCUCAACAAAUAUAUGCAGAAGAUCUCUUAGUUGUAGCUGCAAUGAGUGAUUGUGCACCAAUGCCUACACCUUUGCCAUUGCAGCCUCAUCGAGUUCCAAAACAAAAUGUGUUGUUUGAAGAUCCGAGAUAUUUCAGAAGUCUGGCAGGUAAACUGCAAUACUUGACAUUGACCAGACCUGAUAUACAGUUUGCCGUAAAUUUUAUUUGUCAGAAGAUGCAUUCUCCUACUCUCUCAGACUACAAUCUGUUGAAGCGAAUACUGAGAUAUGUAAAAGGCACCAUCACUAUGGGAAUCAACUUCAGUAAACAUACUGAUUUUACAUUGAGGGCUUAUAGUGACAGCAACUAUGGAGGGUGUCCUAUUACAGGGAGAUCUACUGGUGGCUACUGCACGUAUCUGGGAUCCAAUCUCAUCUCAUGGUCGUGUAAGAAGCAAGAUACAGUUUCUAAAAGUACAACUGAAGCUGAAUACAGAGCAAUGUCUGAAGCUGCGUCGGAGAUCACUUGGAUUCAGGCAGUCUUGAAAGAGCUAGGGGUUCUGGCAAUGACGACACCAAAGCUUUACUGUGAUAACCUUUUGUCGGUUUAUCUCACUGCUAAUCCGGCGUUUCACGCAAGAUCAAAACAUUUUGCGACACAUCACCACUAUGUUCGAGAAAGAGUUGCGCUUGGUUUAUUGGAGGUACAUCACGUUGCAUCACAUCUCCAAAUAGCGGAUAUAUUCACGAAGUCAUUACCUGAAGCAGCGUUUACUUCACUACGGUACAAACUGGGUGAGGAUUUCCCUCCGACACCAAGUUUGAGAGGGGCUGUUAAGCCUCUGUCUCAGACAGAAGUAAACCAAAACGACAGUGCUGCGACAUCAGGGAAUGUGAAGUCAGUCCAUCAAGGAGAGAAGCCCAAGCUGAAUCAAACCAAGCCCAACGUGGAUCCAACAGCGCUCCAACGGUCGACUUCUGUUACAAGAAGACAAAACAGAGAAGAUAAGAAAGAUGACUGUAAAGGGAAAACGGUGAGCGCGAGCUAUGCGGAAAAGGGGAUCUCAACGCAGAACAGAUAUGCUUUAUUGAAUGAAGAUUAA